CUUGCUUGCGUCACGCGUCAUGCAACGCAACGCGUGCAGGCCACGUGCCUCGUUCUACCUUCAGCCACAGCGCCGAUCGUGUGCCUCGUGUCUGCACCGCUCCGUGUCCUACCUACAGUCGAAGAGCGCACCGCCUACCCACCGAACCCUUCACUGAUUGUCGAUGAUGUCCUCCUCAGUGGACAACGGCUCCGCGAGCUCGACCGACUCCGAGACGGAGGACACCUCCAGGACCCACCAACGCGCGACGUCGUCCCUGGAGGAGUCGCUGGGCUUCAGCAUGUUCACGUCCGCUUUCUCCGUCUCUGGAAAGCGGCGCGGGAUGUUCGGGUCUGCGAGUAACUCGCGCGACAUGAAGAGCAGGAGGAGAGAUGAAUCCUCGCGCAACCCUGGGGGCGGGGGCGGAGGUGGGGGAGGGUUCUCGUCUGGGAGGAUGUGGGAGAGCGGCGAGGGCCCGUCGCUGAGGCCGAAGGAUGAGCUGAUGGAUAUGAAGGUUGUUGAGGAUUUGCGUGCGCAAUUCGGAGAUCCGUUCGAUGAUAGCUUCAUCGAGAAUGCUCAAGAAUUUGGGAAGUCGAUCCUCUCCAUCAUGGUCAUCAUCUCCGUCACUGUUCGUGUCAGAAUGUGUGUAAUUGAUAUUAUCCCUUGAUUUUAUCUAUGGAAAGCUAUGCCAGAUAUCAGACGCGAGAGUCAGCGGGAUCUUCAUGCUGAUCAACGAAGGUUGGCUGCUGUGGUGCCAUGGUGGCCCGUUUGCUGUGGGACGCUGACCU